ACUGCUUGGCUUUACAGACGGCUGGCUGCUGUGGGAACCGCAGUAAGCUCUUUCCAGAACCUACCGUCCUCUUCGCUGCCAAUACUAGGUUGGAUCAAGUCAACUGCUGGAAGGGAAAAUCUGUCUUUGCCCAAGUGGAGAUGGUCUGGAUGUGAACCUUGUUCUUCCACUUUGCCUGCCAGUUAAAAACCUUAUUUGGGAUCUCCUUUUAUCAAGAGCUACCCUCAGUCUGAACACUAGGAUAAAUACUCUACUACGAGGGUUAAAUUUCGGUUUUACUCUGAUUCUUCUGCAUGACGACGAUGGCGAAGAAAAACAGUCUGAAGGAUACAUCUGGUGUGGUGUUUGAUACUCGCUCAAAAAUGGUCAUGUCCCAGGGAGGAAUGACGGAGAGGAUGAAGGACAAGAUCAGUGCGGUGAGGGCAGUUGUCCCCAACAAAAGCAACAAUGAGAUAGUGCUGGUGCUGCAGCACUUUGAGAACUGCGUCGACAAGGCUGUGCAGGCGUUCCUGGAAGGGAGUGCAGCCGAAAUCCUGAAAGAGUGGAAUGUGACGAGCAAAAAGAAGCCCAAGAAGAAAAAGAAGCCCAAGCCUCAGCAGGAGGUUUCCACAGAGGCGCCUCAGCCGGAGGCGGCGUCGCCCGACGAGAGCAAGGAUGAUGAGAUGAACGGCUUCCACGCCAACGGGUCGGUAAUGGACGGAGAGUCUCUGGAUUCGCUGAGCGAGCAGCUGGACUCUGCCUCCCUGGAUGCAGCCGAGCUGGACUCUGAACCCCCUACACCAGAAACGCCGGGUGUCGAGGCAGAAAGUAACGUUAGCGCUCCAAGUCCUGCCCCCCAGCAGGGGGGAAGGAAUCACCACCAGGUUUCCAGAGGCAACAAGGCUCGGCACAGGACAGGCUCAAACCUUCAUCCCUCCUCAUCCUCGUUAGCAGCCGCCUUUGAUGAGCAGGGAUCAUCAGGAGGGAAAAAGAUGGCUCCCAACAUCGACCGCUCGGUGAAAGACCUGCAGAGAUGCAGCGUCUCCCUGACGCGCUACAGGAUGGUGGUGAACGAGGAGAUGGACUCCUCCAUCAAGAGGAUGAAACAGACGUUUGCUGAACUCCAGAGCUGCUUGAUGGACAGAGAAGUGACUCUUUUGGGAGAGAUGGACAAAGUGAAAGCUGAGGCCAUGAUGAUUCUGGACGCUCGGCAGAAGCGAGCGGAGGAGCUGAAGCGGCUGACGGACCGGUCCGGUUCCAUGUCUGAGGAGCAGCUGACUGAGCUGCGCGCCGACAUCAAGCAUUUUGUGAGCGAACGUAAAUACGACGAGGACCUUGGGAAAGCUUUAAGAUUUACAUUUGACCUUGAGCCGCUGAAGACGAGCAUCUCUAGGUUUGGAUCAGUGUACCAUCCGCGUACGGGCUACUCGGACCGGUCCCGCUGCAGCUCCACGUCCUCCUCUGUCGCCAGCCCGGUCCAAACGGAGACUCCUCCGCCCACCCAGACCCAAACCACCCCUGCUGAAAACCGCCCGCCUCCGGUCAAACAGAUUUUCCAGGGAAACAGGCGAACCUUCCAGGGACCCGGCUACCACUCGGGCGGCCACCGGUUCAACGGCAGCUCCCACCACGACAGGAGCGCCGGGCGCGGGAGCCACCGUUACCAGGGCGACGCCGGCUCCUCCGGCCCGUCCUCGCAGCAGCCCCACAGCUCCAGGGGCCCCUUCCACCCCCCCCACAACCCGGACCGGCCCGCCCACAACCCGGACCGGCCCGCCCACAACGGGCUGCCCCAGCGGCUCCCUCGAACGCACUGCCCUUGACACCGGAAACCGUCUCACUCAAUCAAACCCAUCCACUACCCGCCCCAUUACCCCUCCACCCCGACGCCCUUCAAUGAAGAAUAGUAUACAAGUUUACAUACUUCAGUCAGUUGAGCUGUAGUGCCGCUGCUCUGCAUCACUCUGUUCGGUCUUUGAACUUGAAAAGCUCCGACUGUCUCUUUCCUCGUUUCAUUUCUCUCGGUUUUCGUGACACUUUCUAUCUUUCGCCUCUGCUGCUGUGGCUCGCCGUCGUUUCUCGUUACCAAGACUCGCGAUUUACCUGCAACAAUCCGUGCACUAUUGAAGUUGAACUCUUAGUACUUUUCUCUAAUUAUUUUUUUUUUUACGCCAUCAGCUCUCUGAUUUGAAGUUUCUUUUUUUUUUUGUCUUUGUUUUUUCGUCUCCAAGAACCAUUUCAAUGCCUUCAUUGUUUGGGGGUUAACAAAGUGUUGUGGAAGUGAAGAAGUGGUUGUAGCUUCGACGGGGCUUUCCGACACGCAAUCAACACUACAGACGGCCGUCUGUCUUCGCUGGGUGGAAACGAGACAUAUCAAACUGUAAAUCAGAGCUUCAUGUUCGGCUGCUACGAACUGUAGGGGAAACAAUGUUUGGAAACAAAAGGAGAAGUUUAACUUUUAUAUAAAAAAAAAAAUUAAAAAGGUUCUCGCUCAUUUUCUCUCUGCUGGACGGCUGUUUGCUCUCCAGGUCUGUAGGGAGUUGAGACUAUUCCUGUUAAUUUCGCCUGAAGCAUUGUUUUCUGACUGAGAGGGCUCAUUAGCUUUUUUUGGUUUUUCUUUCUUUCUUUUUGUAAACUAUUAAUGAAGGAGGCUUUGGUGUACACAUGCUGUUUCAUAAACCAGAGCAUUUAUUCAGCUGGAUGUUCUCCUGCACGCCCAGUUCCUUGCUUUAUUCUGUUUUUCUCUUUAUCCACAUGAGUGGCAUAAUAAUGUCCUGCUUGCCUUUAGUCGCAGACUUCACAUUUGCCUUUCUGCAAACACAGAUGUCUCCGUCAGAAUCCAUAUUUUUGUUUAUUUGCUUAUCGUCCGACUGCAGAAGUAAAGUUCUUGGAUGAUUAAAUGCA